UCAGCACUCGCGGUUUCUCGUGUGAUUGGCUUCAAUUUAAAGAUGGCGGCGCCCAUGGGAAGAUUGACGUGGGACUAAAAAGUGAGCAAUGGGUCGGAAGCGAGGAGGGAAAAGCUCCAAGGCUGCGGCAUCAGGAGGGAGAGGUCAUCGUCACAUACACAAAUUUGAAAGAAAUUUCAGGGACUACCCGCAGGAUGUCGCAAAUCCAGAUCAUCCAUCUGGAUCAGCUGAAGAUGACGAUCCCUACAAGAUCCCAUGCCCCCUGGCCAUGUGGGACCUUCAGCACUGCGAUCCCAAGAAGUGCACGGGUCGGAAGUUAGCCAGAAAGGGCCUGCUCAGGACACUACGGCUAGCCCAGAGAUUCAAUGGGGUUAUUCUCUCACCUCUGGGAACAAACUGUAUCUCACCACAGGACAGACACAUUGUAGAAGAGAAAGGAAUCGCUGUGAUAGAUUGCUCCUGGGCCAAGCUCGAGGAGACGCCAUUUGAUAAGAUGAGGGGAGGUCAGCCAAGACUCCUCCCAUACCUCGUUGCCGCAAAUCCUAUCAACUACGGCAGGCCGUGUAAGCUGUCAUGCGUUGAGGCAUUCGCUGCAACUUUCUACAUAGUCGGUCUGCCUGAGUAUGGCAUGCAGCUUCUGAAACGAUUCAAGUGGGGACCAGGUUUCUACCAGCUCAACCAGGAAGUUCUUGAUAACUAUGCGGCUUGUAAGACCAGCGCUGAUGUAAUUGAAGCACAGAGCAAAUGGAUGGAGAAGUUACAACAAGAAGAUGCACAGAGAUACAAUACUGAUCUUAUGGACCUUGACAUGGAGAAGGAAACUUGUAAUUUGAAUCGGCAACCUCAGUACUCGAUGCCAGAUUCAGAGUCCGGAGACUCCUCAGAGGAGGACUCUGAAGAAGAAGAGGAGGUCGACGAGGAGGACGAUGAGGAAAGUGAAGAUGAUGAUGCGGACAACGAUGCAGAAGAUCAAGAUGUCGUGGAUGAGGAGCAGCCACAAAUUGUGAAAGGAGACACAGAAGAUAAAAUGGAUGGGGCAGAGGCAAGAAGCAUCAAGAAGAAAGACUCGAACAUCCCUAGAGAAUCUUUAGAUCAUCCAGCAGAUGGAGAUGCUGCCAAUGUAGAGAGUGGAACAAUUCAAAAGCGACGGGAUGAUCUUCAGAACAAAUGCAGUGACUCGGACCUUACUAGACAAACCGCUUCUCUCAAUGAAGAGAGGACUCACGGCAAGGAUGAGAUCUUAAGAACUCAGAGUGAAAAACUGAAGGAGGGUUUGUCCGAUGAAAUCAGUGAAUCAUUAGAAUGCAUUAGCAUUACGAAAGAAUAGGGCCCCCAAUAGUCAACUCUCAAAAACCUUAAAAACCAUGGUGCUAUGUAAAAGGAGGAGGUCUCAUAAAUCAAAAACGUAGUCCCACAUAAUCCUUGCAGGAAAAUAAC